CCGUCAACAAACCAGCAUUUGCGCGCUCUACCUCACUAUACCUUCUUCAUCUCGAACCAUUCGUCAACAUGGCUGAACACCCCUCUUUCACGCUCGCUGCUCUCCUACCCGUCGGAGGUAUCGCAGGAUACAUGCGCACAGGCUCUACUCCUUCCCUGAUCGCCGGUGUUGGUCUGGGUCUAUCUUACGGAUUCUCAGGCUAUCUGAUCAAGGAAAAUAAGGACUACGGCACGGAGCUUGCCCUGGGAAACAGCAUCGUCCUGCUGGGUUCUGCGAUCCCUCGGAUCAUCAAGACUCGGGCCAAGGCCCCGAUGCCCCUGGUUCUCGGUGUCACCGGUCUGUUGGCUUCGUUCUACUACCAGAAGAAGGUCCGGGAGUUUCGGUUCGGUGUCUAAGUGCGAGGUCUGGCUGAGGAAAGGUGGCUUCUUGAAAUUACGGGAUUGUGAAGGCGCCUGUUGGCGCCUAGUGUAUUUUUAUCGAGAUUGAGAUGUACGUUCUGUAUUCUACGAUAUUGUUUUAGUACGCGUCUGCGACUAGGUCGAAAGUCAACUUGAUGUAUGAUUACCGGCAAUUAUUACUUCGAG